GGCUGGCGGCGGCGGGAGCGGCGCCGAGCAGAGUUGCCUCCAUCCAUGGCACGGAGCGGCGGCGGCGGCAGGAGCCCGGCUCGAUCCGCUAGGUCACAGCCCCGCGCAGAGCGUGCAGACGACGCGGAGGGGCCCGGCCUCAACCGGCCCGGGAGCACCGCGCAGACAGUCGGGCCGCGCCGCCGGGGGCCGCCCGCGCUGCGCUGACAGCCGCGCCCACGUCCUCCCCGCCGGGGCGCUCGCCGGACAUGCCCCCGGGGCGCGGCGGCGGGGACCCCGGGGCUUGCCUCCGCCCAGGGCCCCCCGCUCCGCCCUCGAGCGCCCCGGGCCCCCGCUGAGCACGCCUCUCGCACGCCCGGAUCCCUCCGGCCGGCGCGCAGACGGGCCCCAGCGCUGUUGGUCCCCGCGGGGCGAUGGGCUGAUGGGCGCCGCGGGACGCAGGAUGCGGUGGGCGCCCGCGCGCCUGCUGCUGCCGCUGCUGCAGUGGCUGCUGCUUUUGGCGCCCGAGAUCCGCGGCGCGCCCGGCUGCCCGGUCCCUAUCCGCAGCUGCAAGUGCUCAGGGGAGCGGCCCAAGGGGCUAAGCGGCGGCGCCCCCAGCCCGGCGCGCAGGAGGGUGGUGUGCGGCGGCGGGGACCUCCCGGAGCCUCCCGAGCCCGGCCUUCUGCCUAACAGCACCGUUACCCUGCUCUUGAGCAACAACAAGAUCACCGGGCUCCGGAACGGCUCCUUCCUGGGACUGCCCCUGCUGGAGAAAUUGGACCUGAGGAACAACGUCAUCAGCACAGUGCAGGCGGGCGCCUUCCUGGGUCUGGGGGAGCUGAAGCGCCUAGAUCUCUCCAACAACCGGAUUGGCUGUCUCACCUCUGAGACCUUCCAAGGCCUCCCCAGGCUUCUCCGGCUAAACAUAUCUGGAAACAUCUUCUCCAGUCUGCCACCGGGGGUCUUUGAUGAGCUGCCAGCCCUUAAGGUUGUGGACUUGGGCACCGAGUUCCUGACGUGUGACUGCCGCCUGCGCUGGCUGCUGUCCUGGGCCCGGAAUCGCUCCGUGCAGCUGUCGGAGCGCACGCUCUGUGCCUACCCCAGCGCCCUGCACGCCCAGGCCCUGGGCGGCCUCCAGGAGGCCCAGCUGCGCUGCGAGGGGGCCCUGGAGCUGCACACGCACCACCUCAUCCCAUCCCUCCGCCAAGUGGUCUUCCAGGGCGACCGGCUGCCCUUCCAGUGCUCGGCCAGCUACCUGGGCAAUGACACCCACGUCCGCUGGUACCACAACCGGGCCCCUGUGGAGGGCGACGAGCAGGCGGGCAUCCUCCUGGGCGACAGCCUCAUCCACGACUGCACCUUCAUCACCAGUGAGCUGACCCUGUCUCACAUCGGCGUGUGGGCCUCGGGCGAAUGGGAGUGCUCCGUGUCCACGGUCCAGGGAAACGCCAGCAAGAAGGUGGAGAUCGUGGUGCUGGAGACCUCGGCCUCCUACUGCCCCGCUGAGCGAGUCGCCAACAACCGCGGGGACUUCAGCUCCCAAGGAGUCUGGCCUCACAGUUCUCAGGGCAGGGGAGGGACCCUUGCCCUGAGGAGCCCAGGUCAUCGGCAACCUCCCGCCUGUGCCCCCAGGUGGCCUCGAACCCUGGCUGGCAUCACAGCCUAUCAGUCCUGCCUGCAGUACCCCUUCACCUCGGUGCCCCUGAGCGGGGCUGCCCCUGGCACCCGCGCCUCCCGCCGGUGUGACCGAGCUGGCCGCUGGGAGCCGGGGGACUACUCCCACUGUCUGUACACCAACGACAUCACCCGGGUGCUCUACACCUUUGUGCUGAUGCCCAUCAAUGCCUCCAACGCGCUGACCCUGGCCCACCAGCUUCGAGUAUACACGGCCGAGGCUGCCAGCUUCUCCGACAUGAUGGACGUUGUCUACGUGGCUCAGAUGAUCCAGAAGUUUCUGGGUUACGUCGACCAGAUCAAAGAGCUGGUGGAGGUGAUGGUGGAUAUGGCCAGCAACCUGAUGCUGGUGGACGAGCACCUGCUGUGGCUGGCCCAGCGCGAGGACAAGGCCUGCAGCGGCAUCGUGGGCGCCCUGGAGCGCAUUGGGGGGGCCGCCCUGAGCGCCCACGCCCAGCACAUCUCUGUGAACUCGAGGAACGUGGCCUUGGAGGCCUACCUCAUCAAGCCGCACAGCUACGUGGGCCUGACCUGCACGGCCUUCCAGAGGAGGGAGGCCGGUGCACCGGGCACCCGGCCCUUGGGUCCCGGCCAGAACCCCUCCCCUGAGCCGGAGCCCCUGGCCGACCAGCAGCUCCGCUUCCGCUGUACCACGGGGAGGCCCAACGUUUCUCUGUCGUCCUUCCACAUCAAGAACAGCGUGGCCCUGGCCUCCAUCCAGCUGCCGCCCAGUCUGUUCUCGUCCCUCCCGGCUGCCCUGGCCCCCCCGGUCCCCCCAGACUGCACCCUGCAGCUGCUCGUCUUCCGAAACGGCCGUCUCUUCCGCAGCCACGGCAACACCUCCCGCCCUGGAGCCGCUGGGCUUGGCAAGAGGCGCGGCGUGGCCACCCCUGUCAUCUCUGCGGGAACCAGUGGCUGCAGCGUGGGAAACCUGACCGAGCCGGUGGCCGUCUCGCUGCGGCACUGGGCUGAGGGGGCCGAGCCCGUGGCCGCUUGGUGGAGCCAGGAGGGGCCGGGGGGGCCCAGGGGCUGGAGCUCUGAGGGCUGCCAGCUGCGCUCCAGCCAGCCCAACGUCAGCGCCCUGCAGUGCCAGCACCUGGGCAACGUGGCCGUGCUCAUGGAGCUGAGCGCCUUCCCCAGGGAGGUGGAGGGCUCAGGGGCAGGCCUGCACCCUGUCGUGUACCCCUGCACAGCCCUGCUGCUGCUCUGCCUCUUCUCCACCAUCAUCACCUACAUCCUCCACCACAGCUCCAUCCACGUGUCCCGGAAGGGCUGGCACAUGCUGCUGAACCUGUGCUUCCACAUGGCCAUGACCUCCGCCGCCUUUGCGGGAGGCAUCACACUCACCAACUACCAGGUGGUCUGCCAGGCGGUGGGCAUCACCCUGCACUACUCUUCACUGUCCACACUGCUCUGGAUGGGGGUGAAGGCCCGUGUCCUCCACAAGGAGCUUACCUGGAGGGCACCACCUCCACAAGAAGGGGAUGCUGCCCUGCCCGCCCCCCGACCCAUGCUCCGGUUCUAUCUGAUCGCGGGAGGGAUCCCACUCAUUAUCUGUGGCAUCACAGCCGCUGUCAACAUCCACAAUUACCGGGACCACAGCCCCUACUGCUGGCUAGUGUGGCGCCCAAGCCUAGGAGCCUUCUACAUCCCGGUGGCUUUGAUUCUGCUCAUCACGUGGAUCUAUUUCCUGUGCGCGGGGCUGCGCUUACGGGGUCCUCUGGCACAGAGCCCAAAGGGGGGCACCAGCAGGGUCUCCCUGGAGCCAGGGGAGGAGCUGAGGGGUUCCACCAGGCUCAGGAGCAGCGGCCCCCUCCUGAGUGACUCGGGUUCCCUUCUGGCCGCUGGGAGCACAGGGGUGGUGACGCCCGGGCCCCCGGAGGAGGGUGACGGUCUCUAUUCUCCAGGAGUCCAGCUGGGGGCGCUGGUGACCACGCAUUUACUCUACCUGGCCAUGUGGGCCUGCGGGGCUCUGAGCGUGUCCCAGCGCUGGCUGCCCCGGGUGGUGUGCAGCUGCCUGUACGGGGUGGCGGCCUCCGCCCUGGGCCUCUUCGUCUUCACCCAUCACUGUGCCAGGCGCAGGGACGUCAGGGCCUCCUGGCGCGCGUGCCGUCCCCCCGCCUCGGCCUCCCGAGCCUCCCCGCGGGCCGCACCCACCGCCCCCGAGGACGGGUCCCCGGCGUUCGGAGAGGGGCCCGCGUCCCUCAAGUCGUCCCCGAGCGGCAGCAGCGGCCCCGCCUCGCCCCCGGGCCCCUGCAAGCUCACCAACCUGCAGCUGGCGCAGAGCCAGGCGUGCGAGGCGGGGGCGGCGGCCCGCGGGGAGGGGGAGCCCGAGACGCCGGGCCCCCGGGGGAGCCUCGGCCCGCGCCACCCGAACAACUCGCACCACGGCCGCCGGGGCCACAAGAGCCGGGCCAAGGGGCAUCGCGCGGGGGAGGCCUGCGGCAGGAACCGGCUCAGGGCGCCGCGCGCGGGCGCGGCCGGGGCGGCCGAGUUGCCGUCGGGCGAGAGCGGCAGCCCGCACAACAGCCCGUCCGACAGCUACCCGGGCAGCAGCCGCAACAGCCCGGGCGCCGGCCCCCGGCUCGAGGGCGAGAGCACGCUCACGCCGUCGGAGGGCAGCGACACGAGCGCCGCGCCGCUCCCCGAGGCCGGCCGGCCGGGCCAGCGCCGCAGCGCCGGCCGCGACCACCUCAAGGGCGGCGUGGGCGGCGCGCUGGAGAAGGAGAGCCAGCGCCGCUCGUACCCGCUCAACGCGGCCAGCCUGAACGGCGCCCCCAAGGGCGGCAAGUACGACGACGUCACCUUGAGCGGCGCCGAGGCGGCCGGCGGCGGCUGCAUGAAGACGGGGCUCUGGAAGAGCGAGACCACCGUCUAGGCUGGGGGCGGGCGCCGCUUCAGGACGCGCGGGCCGCGCGCGCAGGAGACCCCGCUUCCCGGGGGCCCUCAGAGACGUCGAUCGGUACGUCCCCAGGAUUGAGGUAGAGGUGGCUCGCUGCGCCCGGGCUCGCCAGCUUUAGUCCCGGAGGCUGGGGAAAGGACAGGCACAGGCCCGCCACCACCAAGAGGGCCAUCCCUCUGGGGUAGCGACAGACAAUCCCCGAACCGCAGGCAGGAUACGUUUCCGUCCCAGCGCAGGCUGGUUUCGGCAGCCCCUGCCGUCCAGGCUCGGGGGGAAGGUCCUGUGGGGCUGCGGAGUGAGCAAGAGCGGCAGGGACAGCACAGCUCAGGCGGGCUUCUCCUAAGGUACCCCCCGCACCUCCCGCCCCGCUCACGGGCGGCCGUCAGCCUUACCGGGAACACACGGGGGAUGGGGGCCUGAGUAAGGUGUUCUCUCCUCGCUGCUCUCCUCGGAAUCAGUCACCCACCUGAGCCCAGAUCCUAGGGCCUCUCCCCCACCCAGUUCUGGCUAACUAGGGAGCCAGCCUAGCAGAUGAGCCAGGUGACCAGGACCGAUGGGAGGUAACAAGGUGCUGCUUUUCGGAUCAACUAUGCAAAAGGAGAAGGUGGGGCAGUGUGAAAAGCAGCUGCAGGGAUCACCCAGCUCUCUGGAAGGGGGGCAGGUGGAAAGGUGCACCAUCAGGGCUGGAGGCCAUUCCCACAGGACUGGGACACACACCACACGGCAGGGCUCAGAGGUGGCACUUCAGGACAAAGCCCAGGCCCUACACCUAAGAAGCUGCCUGCCAGAUGCCUGGAGGUGAUGUGAGGGAAGCAGAGAGAGUUAGUGCUUAGAUCUGGGGCUGAAGCUAGUCCUGCCUUAAACCUAAUCCUAUUAAAAAAACACAAAAAAACGCUCUGAAGAGGGGCGCCACCGCCAGGCUGCAGGUGGUGCUGGAGAAGCACUUACUGUCCAAUCACAGGCCCAUAUCCCCAGUCUCAGCCCUCCACCCCGAAGGACUGACAAAGAGCACUCCCUGCCUACAUGAGGCCAUAGAGGAGAACCUUUCCAAUGAUUUGAUCUCCAGCUCCAUAUUAGGGAGAAACCUCCAAAACAUCAAACCAGCUUCCUGCCUCCCGGAAGCCCAAGCCAAGUCCCCGGGGCAGUGGGCGGGGCCCCCUGCAGCUCACCUGGGGCCUGCACGUUGACUGCUUUUAAACACCAGCACGCAUAUUUCUCCCAACCUUAAAAGCAACCACCAGCCUUUGGUUACAGGAUGCAAUGCAAGUGGAGGGAACCCUGGGCCUCAUGAAAAGCCCCAGGGAAACCUGGCCAUAUCAUAUCAUAUCACCCCAGCCUGAUCACCAAGGCAAGAGAAGACAGAGGGGAAGGGAGAAAACCCACACGCCUUGGGAUGCAUCCUGUUACUUAUGCUUGCUGCACAGACAAUAUUAGACAGAAAAAAAAAAAGGCAAAAAAAAC